AUGGAGUUUCCAAUAAUCUUAUAUUCAGGCGAUAAUAAUUCACUUCCCUUCGUAUUAAAAGUAUCGCAGCAACAAGAAUCUGUCAUUCUAGAGUACAAACUUGCUGAUGGAACAAAUUUUAUUGUGGAUGAUUUUUCGAUUUUUAAAGCAAUUCGCAUGGAUGAAUUGGAUUCACAAACACUCUCUAUCAUAGGCCCUGUUACCAGAAAAAUCAGGUUUGAUUCUUCAUUAGGAUUUUCGAAUUUUUGCACUUUCUUAAAUCAAGUCUACGAUAUGAAAGCUUCAGUCGACUCAAAUGGAUUAUUAACUUUAGGUGAAAGCAAACUCUCGAAAAACUCUUUAAAUAAGCCAAAACAUAGGCCAUUUCAAACAAUUACAUUUACCGAGAGCAUGCCGACAGAAGAAUUUAAUUUUUCGACAGAUUUCACAUCUGACUUCCUCUGGCAGAAACCUGUAGUCAUAAGUCCUGACGAAACAGGUACUUUAUACCCAAAUGAAACAUUUAAAUCAGUCAUUCCGUUUUCAGUUGUUAACCCUGAACUCUCGACUAUUGCUAUCCUAUGGACAUCAAUUUUACUAAAAAAUAAAAAAGAUUUCCUAUCAGAUUACCUCAAACUUAAAAAGCAAUGGGAAACGAUAACUUCAUUUCAAUGGAAGAAUGAUAAAACAUUCAGAAAUUACGUUGAACAGCUUGAAAAAUCAGUUGAUCGUUCAAAUUUCAAAACGCCGCAAAUUCGCGAAAUUCUUUUCAAUAUUAAUGUUUCGUUGUACUUUUAUUACAACAGGUUAACUUUUGAUAGCACAAUUUAUAAGUUUACAGAAUUAUUUGUUUCAAUUUUCGUUAUCGGCUCAGUUACCGACGGUAAGAUAUGUCUUAGAACAGAUGAAGUGCUUAGUAUUGAUGCUGCAACUGCAAAAAUCUUCUUUAUUUUUACAAAUUUCCAUCAUCAAUAUUUAUAUCAGAAAACAUUUUCAUUUUCACACAUUUCGGACAUGAUUCUAUCAGUGCAGACCAUUAUCAAUAAAUUCUGCCCUUCAUUGAGCAAUUCCAUUGCUGAAAUUUCUUUAGAAAAUUUUGAGUACGUAAUUAACCAAUUUUAUUGCUAUUUAAUCAAUGUUCGGCCAAACGAAGACAUAAUACUCCUAGUUUCGUCAAUUCUAGCCAAUCCACAGCCCGGUAUAUUCAUGAGAUGCUUAAUUUGCUCAUCCAUUAAGAUGUUCGUUGAUUUCCUUGGAUCGAUGAAUCAUCUUAGUCAAACACCUUUUGAAUCUGCCUUUGACCAGUUUAUUACAACUACUAAUUUUAGGUUAUUAUUACAUAACGGCGAAAUGCUGCAUUCCCACAUUGCGCCAUUCAUCGUUUCUUUUAAUAAAUAA